AUGACAGAAAUAGCAAAUCUUCUACAGGUUCCAUUAAAACAAGGAACAAACAAAAAGGGUGCAUAUAAUAGAACUAUGAAAGUUCCUGAUGGAAUGAAAGAAUUAGUUCAUAUUGUUGCUGGUCUUCAAAAAGAUGUUAAACAAAUGAGAAACGUUUUAACAUUACCAGAAGCUCAAGCAUAUGCCAAACGUCAAGGUCCAAAUUGGGAAGCACACGAAGCAGACAUUACGGGUCCAAAUGGAAAACCUGAUGGUAUAAAUGAAGUUUUCGUUACUGAUGGUCAAGGUAAUAUUAAAGUCAUAAAUGGUUAUAAAUUAACUAUAACUGAUUAUCCUAAACGUAAAGCAUAUAAUGAACGUUAUCCUAUGCAAUUUGAUGAAAAUGGAAAAGCUGUUAAACAAUACAUUGGAGAAGGUGAAAAUGGUCCAAUUAAUUCAUACCGUUAUAAUCCAUAUUCUUAUUUCAAUGAAGAAUUAAAUGCUAUUGAAGAGGGACCGGAUGGAUUACCACGAUAUUCUAACCAGUUUGAUG